GGAAAAUUUAUAAGCAGAAAAGGAAUGCCUGUAAAGUAUAAACCAAAAAAGUUAAGAAAUUAACACUUUUUUUCUCUGUAAAUGAGGUUCCAUAAUACCAUUUCUUGAUACUGUAAACACCGAAAAAUGAUGUAUAUUGAUGCAAUACUACUUUUAUUAUUUUAUAGACACACUCACAACUACACUAUUCUCUGUUCCCAAUUGAAAUAUGUAUUGGUUAUAAAAGAAUCUACCAAUCUCCACAGACUCAAUAGUUCCAAACCAAUAAUAAAUACCAGCUAUCCCUGCAAUUCUAAAGCAAAUUCAAAAAGAAGCCAAAACUACAACUCUCAUACUGGAGCUAAAAGAUGAACAUGCUGAUUUUCAAGUGUCUUCAGAUGGCUUUGCUGCUAGUUUUGUCUAGCAGAUUCACCAUAGCAGAAAAGAAAACACAACAUCUUAAAAGGACAUACAUAAUUCACAUGGACAAGUUCAACAUGCCAGCAAGUUUCGACGAUCAUCUCCAAUGGUAUGAUUCAUCACUAAAAUCAGUAUCAGACACUGCAGAGACGAUGUAUACCUACAAACAUGUAGCUCAUGGCUUCUCCACAAGGCUAACUACUCAAGAAGCAGACUUACUCACAAAGCAACCGGGAAUUCUCUCGGUUAUCCCUGAUGUCAGAUACGAGCUUCACACAACUCGAACACCAGAGUUCCUCGGAUUGGAGAAAACAAUCACUCUUUUACCGUCCUCUGGAAAACAAAGUGAGGUGAUUGUUGGAGUAAUUGACACAGGUGUAUGGCCUGAACUAAAAAGCUUCGAUGACACUGGACUUGGACCAGUACCCAAAAGCUGGAAAGGGGAAUGUGAGACAGGUAAAACCUUCAACUCAUCAAACUGUAACAAGAAACUUGUUGGUGCAAGGUUUUUUGCUAAAGGCUACGAGGCAGCUUUUGGACCUAUUGAUGAAAACACGGAAUCAAAGUCACCAAGGGAUGAUGACGGGCAUGGAAGUCACACCUCAACUACAGCAGCAGGUUCUGCAGUUGCAGGAGCAAGCCUCUUCGGUUUUGCUUCUGGGACAGCAAAAGGCAUGGCUACACAAGCUCGAGUGGCCGCUUACAAAGUGUGUUGGCUUGGUGGUUGCUUUACAUCAGACAUAGCUGCUGCGAUUGACAAGGCCAUCGAAGACGGUGUUAACGUCCUCUCUAUGUCUAUUGGUGGAGGUUUAACGGACUACUACAAAGACACUGUUGCAAUGGGAACUUUUGCAGCCAUAGAACAUGGAAUACUAGUAUCCAGUUCAGCAGGAAACGGUGGACCUAGUAAAGCAAGUUUGGCUAAUGUUGCACCAUGGAUAACCACUGUCGGUGCCGGAACUAUAGACCGCGAUUUCCCUGCCUAUAUUACCCUUGGAAAUGGGAACAGAUAUAACGGCGUGUCUCUUUACAAUGGAAAAUUGCCACCUAACUCUCCACUGCCACUUGUUUAUGCUGCUAACGUCAGCCAGGAUUCCAGUGAUAACCUGUGCAGCACAGAUAGUUUGAUUCCUAGCAAAGUUUCAGGAAAAAUAGUGAUAUGUGACCGAGGAGGAAAUCCUAGAGCUGAAAAGAGUUUGGUGGUCAAACGCGCAGGAGGAAUUGGGAUGAUUUUAGCAAACAACCAAGAUUAUGGUGAAGAGCUAGUUGCUGACUCCUUUCUCCUCCCUGCAGCAGCUUUGGGAGAGAAAGCAAGCAAUGAAAUAAAGAAGUAUGCUUCUUCAGCUCCCAAUCCAACUGCUAAAAUUGCAUUUGGCGGUACCCGGUUCGGGGUUCAACCAUCCCCAGUGGUGGCAGCUUUCAGCUCUAGAGGACCAAAUAUACUCACACCAAAAAUACUCAAACCCGACCUGAUAGCUCCAGGAGUCAACAUUCUAGCUGGAUGGAGUGGGAAAGUUGGACCAACUGGCUUGUCAGUUGACACAAGGCAUGUGAGCUUCAACAUCAUCUCUGGCACAUCCAUGUCAUGCCCCCAUGUAAGUGGGUUAGCUGCUCUUCUUAAGGGAGCCCAUCCUGAAUGGAGUCCUGCAGCUAUAAGAUCCGCACUCAUGACCACGUCUUAUGGCACGUACAAAAAUGGGCAAACCAUAAAAGAUGUUGCUACUGGGAUACCUGCUACACCGUUGGAUUAUGGUUCCGGGCAUGUGGAUCCAGUAGCUGCUCUUGAUCCUGGUCUUGUAUACGAUGCUACCACCGACGACUAUUUGAACUUCCUCUGUGCCUUGAACUACAAUUCAUUUCAAAUAAAGCUUGUUGCAAGAAGAGAGUUUACGUGUGAUAAAAGGAUCAAGUACAGGGUGGAAGAUCUCAAUUACCCAUCUUUUUCUGUGCCAUUUGACACAGCUUCAGGCAGGGGUAGUUCUCACAACCCAAGCAUUGUCCAGUACAAAAGGAUUUUAACUAACGUAGGGGCCCCAUCGACAUAUAAAGUUUCAGUGUCAUCACAGUCUCCUUUGGAUAAGAUCGUGGUUGAACCACAGACACUUAGCUUCAAGGAACUUAAUGAGAAGAAGAGCUAUACUGUAACGUUCACAUCUCAUUCAAUGCCUUCUGGUACAACAAGCUUUGCUCAUCUGGAAUGGUCGGAUGGGAAACAUAAGGUCACUAGUCCCAUUGCUUUCAGCUGGACUUGACUGUGAUAUUUCAAUGUCCUAACCCUGGAUUACCUGCUGCAAAUAUGGUCCAAGUACGAGAAUAAUUGUAUCUCUCUUUUUCAGUAAGUGUUUGGUCCAGCUAAGAAGCCUAUAAUAGAGUCAUAUAUGUAUGCCUCUUUGCUGUGAUUCCAUGUAAAGAAUAAUUUUGUAGAGAAAAUCCAGGACAAUGGCACAUGUCAGAAUUGUAAUUGAAUAGCAAUCCCAGCUUUCUGCAGCUUACGUCACAAAUGAACUUAUCAAAUAAUUGAUCUAUUUUACAGGCAUCAA